UGACGUCAGUUAGGCUGAAACGCCCGCCCUAAAGUCGUCGUCUCUUUCUCACUCCGCCCGUCGCCCCGCCUGCACCGCCUUCUGUUUUGGCCUAGGGUUUCUCACUCCAGCUUCUAAUAUUUUCUCUUCCUUCAAACAACCGAUUCCUUAAUUAGCAUCAACAGAAACAGAAGAUCGAUCGUCUGGCAGCUUCACUUAUAAUCGCUAAUUCGUCUUCUCUCAAACGCAAUCGCCUCCUCACGGACUCGAAUCAAUCGCUCAGGCGGUUUCCGUCCUUAGUCUUCAUGGCAAUCGAUUGUUAAGCUUCUCGUUCCCAAAUGAUAUAGUUAUCUUCCCAAUUACAGAUGCUAAUACGUGACUGCAUGUUCUAUAUAUAUAUUCUGUUUUAACAAUGCCACAAUUCGUCGUCUAAGAUUAAUUUUGACUCGUAUUGUUAUUGAGUUUGCAUAAUCUGGUAACAAUGCUGCGACAAAUCCUUUUGCAACGUGCUAGGGACCAAAAUAAUCUACUUCAGCGAUUUACUCUGCAGAGAGGAAUUCACAGUAGAAACAAGAAGGCGAAGGAGUACAUAGCCAAAGGUUGGAAUGCAUUGAAGGAAGUUGAUAGAGUAAGGGAUUAUUGGGACUACAAUGACGUAAAGUUGAUUCCUUUCCUACGGACGGCAAAGGAGAAUUUUGAGUUGGCCCUGGAGGUUGACAAUUCAAAUACACAAGCUAGAUACUUUUUAUCAAAGUUACAUUUUAAGUAUCAUACACCUGGGGCAUGUGUAGCUGUAGGGGCUGCUUUAUUGGUUGAAGCUGCAGACAUGGGUGAUCCAGAUGCACAAUAUGAACUAGGUUGUAAGCUUAGAGUUGAUAAUAAAUAUGUUCAGUCGGAUCAGCAAGCAUUCUAUUAUUUGGAGAAGGCUGUUGAUCAGCUUCAUCCAGGUGCUCUUUACCUUCUAGGAGCUGUGUUUUUGACUGGUGAUUGUGUGAAGAAAGAUGUCGCAUCAGCCAUAUGGUGCUUCCACAGAGCUUCAGAAAAGGGACAUGCUGGUGCAGCUAUAGUAUAUGGAUCCCUUCUUUUACAAGGUGUUGAAGUACCAGAAGUUAUCACAAAAUUUGAAAGAAAGAGAAGCCACCAGACCAAACCAGCUCUGGUAAUUGAUGAUAUAACUAGAGUCGAAUUGGCAAAGGAGAAGUUUGAAAUGGCUGCAAGAGCGGGAUGUGAGCUUGGGUUCAAGUGGUUAGACAGAAUCGAUAAGGAGAAGAUCAAGUUACAAUCGUCUACCGAGUAACAGAGACUUGUUUGGUGAAUUCAAUUGGUCACAGCUUUGUUAUGAAUAGUAAUAUUUUUCAUAGAUGUGUUAUGAUUUGAUUUAAGCAAGCUCAGAAUAGUUAUCAAAUAUAAUAAAUAUUCUGACUAUAGCUUGUAAUUGAAAUUGUGAUAGUGAAUUGUUGGCAAAAGCCUAUUUUAGACCAAAAAUACACAUAUAGUUGAUUUUUUUAUUUUAUAACAGUUUUGAAAACAGUUGUUUUUUU